AUGAAAGCGGCCAGCACUCGUCUCAGAGCCGCCGAGAUCAUUGACAUUGCUUUUCUGGAUCGCAUCCGACUGCCACCGAGAUCAUUGACAUUGCAGCAGUCGCGGCUCAUGCAGGCCGAGAAGACAAAUGUCAGGGAGAGGUACUUUGAGCAUCAGAGUGAAAUUGUGAUCUCCAGGAUGCGCAUGCAUGUGUUCCUUGUAGGCCUGGAAGCGAACCUGGCUUUGGUGCGGAAGGAAGUGGAGCAGCGAGUGAGCAAACAGGCAGUAUUGGAGGAGCACUCCGCUGGCCUGCAGCGGCAACUAGAUCACGCGUUGGCCGAGAAGGUGAAGUCGGAGGCUUGGAUCAGCAGCCAGCACGUCGAGAUCUUGACGCUGCAGCAGCUUCAUGGAGAGCUCCAGGCGGAGAAGGCGCACAGCCAGUCAGUGACGCAAAAGAUGGACGGCCUGGAGAUCGAGCUGGCAAGAUACCACAAGGAGAAGGAAGAGCUGGACCAAAUGGUUGGCUCGCUCCACGCAGAGUGCGCCAAAGUGCGCGCGCAGCGAGACUCGGCGAUGGCGGAGGUGCCACACCUGAAGGCUUCACUCCAACAGCAAGAGACGCUGUUGCGAGACCAGGAAGCGCAGGUUGUUGCCCUUCAGCAUCGGCUGAAAAUGCUGCAAGAUGCAAAUGGGGCGCUGAACAAAGAGGCCAAGCGCCUUGCGCUUUGCCUGGAGCGCUGCCAGGAGGAAGGCGCUCAAGCCGCGCAGGCUGCUGCGUCGUUGCGGGCCGAGAAGGCACAGCUCCUGCAGGCAUUGCAGAGGCUAGAGCACAUCAAGGCCCAGAGUGAUGCAUGCUACCAGUCUGCUAACAAUGAGUCGGGUGUGUUACAGGCGCGCUGCCAGCAGAUGCAUUCGGAAAGAGAACAGCUGCAAAUUCGACUGCAGCAGUCAGCCUCAGAGAACUCAGCCCUGAGGAGCCGAGUCGUUGGAUUGGAGAAGAUGGUGCAUGACGAUGCGGCAGAGUUGCAAGCCCUGCAACAGAAGGUUUUGGGCUUGCAAGGGGAGAAGGCUCAGAUGGAGCAGAUGCACGAGUCGCAGAUGCACAAGUCCAGCUCGACAAACCACUUGUCCGGGGUGCCACAUUCACAAGGUCCUGCUCUUUGA